AUGCCGCGACUUAAUCGCCGUGAGCAGCUUCCGCUGCACAUCAAGCGCGCAUUAUGCGCGCAUCACGUCGAGCACCCCCUUCUGCGUCACGUAGACUUGGCCCGCUGGGUUUACGCCCAGUAUGGCCUGCGGCCUAACCGCUCCACGGUCGGACGCAUUUUGAAGAAUGGCGACCGUAGGGCAAUCACCGACCCCGCCGCCUCCAAUCAAGUGCGCCGUCGUGGUGGCGCAUGGCCCGAGCUUGAGCAGGCGAUGGCUCGCUGGAUCGCUAACGCUGGCCCCGCAGGCGUACCACUCACUCUGCAAACGAUCCGCGACCACGUGGGAGUGCGGUGCCGUGCCGCCACCGGCGAGGCGGCGAGCGCCGACAUGGCAGCUGUGUGUGAAGCGCGUGAGAAGGUGCCGGCGCUUCUUACUCACCUCGGCUACCAGCUGCGCGACACCUUCAAUCUUGACGAGACAGCUCUGUGGCUCUCUGUGCUGCCUCGAAAAACAUACAGCAACGCCCGCAUUCCGGGGCGCAAGGUCGUGAAGGAGCGGCUGACCGUCGCGUUUCUCGUCAACGCCGACGGCAGCCAUGUUUUCCGGCCGCUCGUCAUCAGCAAGGCGCGUCGUCCUCAUGACUUCCGGCCGGACUACGACCCCGAAGCCGUCUGCUACUGGCGGCAUAACGCCAAGGGCUGGAUGACCAGUGCGGUAAGUGUGCACCCGGCCGUGUAA